AUGCAGCUUCCUCUCUUCAUCAAGAUGCUUCCUCUCUUGAUCAAGGUGCUUCCUCUCUUGAUCAAGGUGCUUCCUCACUACAUCAAGAUGCUUCCUCUCUUCUUCAAAGUGCUUCCUCUCUUCAACAAAGUGCUUCCUCUCUUCAUCAUGCAGCUUCCUCACUACAUCAUGCAGCUUCCUCUCUUCAACAAAGUGAUUCCUCUCUUCUUCAAAGUGCUUCCUCUCUUGAUCAAGGUGCUUCCUCACUACAUCAAGAUGCUUCCUCUCUUUUCAAAGUGCUUCCUCUCUUCAACAAAGUGCUUCCUCUCUUCAUCAUGCAGCUUCCUCUCUAAAUCAAAGUACUUCCUCUCUUGA